UAUGAAGAAAUAUAUAUUUGUUAAUAAGAUAUUGCCACACAUAUAAGCAGUGAAGGUCAUGGCGUCAACGACUUGUGGCAGACGAAUGUUCUUGUCCCUCAAAAGUUAUUUAAUAGGCAGACACUUACCACCAGGAACUUCUCGUUAUAUUCGUGUGGGUAGAGCAUCAUGCAGCACAACAGCAGAUACAAGCAACACAAGCCCCAUCUCUGGUGAAGCAAAGAAUGAUGCACUGAGUUCCUCUCAAGUGGAGCAUGUGCUUAUGGAAAUGAGAGAAAAAGACAUGCCCAUCGAUAUGUCCAACCCAUAUGAACGAGAGAAAAUCCGUUGUAUUCUUUGCAAGUACAAUAUUCGCCUCGAUUACAAGAAUGUAAGGCUACUAUCACAGUUUAUCUCGCCAUACACUGGUAAAGUUUAUGGACGGAACAUUACUCGAUUAUGCCGCAAACAACAGGGAGAGUUGGAAAAGGAAGUACAGAAGAGUAUAGCUGCAGGAUACAUAGCUGUGAUGCUGAAGGAUGUGGGAUUCUUAAAGGAUCCUAAGUUAUUUGAUCCUAAUAAUCCAGUGAGACCCCAUAAUUAUUAGUGAUAUAUCUGUUGAUUUGAAGUUACACAUUCAGAUGUAUAUAAAUUCAACUUUUCAUGUACAGUACGUAUUUUUAUUGUAAUUUGAACAUGAUAUUUGUAGGUUAUUUGUUAUAAUAAAUGAUUAUGAUUA